CACUUCCACUUCCACUUCUGAGUUCCACAAAUUUCGGCGCCGUCGAUUCCCAACCCACUGCCAUCCCAAUUCCCGCCAUGGGUUUCUUCACCUCCGCCUCCCACUUCUCAACCGUCCGAUUCACUCCCUCGCUCUCUUCCCCUGCGCCUCUGCGCAGACGAUUCUAUACCGUCAGGUCGUCUUUGCCAUUUCCGGGCCACAAAGCCAAGUAUCAUGGAGAGCUCGAAGCAGCCGUGGAAGUCGUGGAGAGAGCUUGUCGUCUUUGUCUCGACGUGAAAUCGUCGUUGUUUUCAAGUGAUGGACGUAUAAUCGAGAAGAAUGACCAGACUCCGGUCACCGUCGCGGAUUUUGGGGUUCAGGCUCUGGUCAGUUUGGGUAAUUGAAUUCUUCAGUCAUUGCAGAUUGCUUCUGUGACAAUCGGCCUUUCAUUUUCUGUUUUCUUUUUCUUUUUCCAAAUAGAAUGAACUUCUAAUUCA